AUGGCUAAAGGAUCUAGGAGGAAUCUUGCCUCUAAAGAUAGUAUGACUCCAUCACCCACUACUGAACCAUGGGAAAAGGUUAUGGAAGCUAUUCAAAUGCAAGCAACGACUACCCAUAAUCUGGUACAACAAAUGACAAUGCAAAGAGAUGGCACUCGAAAUGCCAAUAGGGUGUUUUAUGAUUUUCUUAAGUUGCAGCAUCCAACAUUCCAGGGUAGCCACAAUCCCUUAGAGGCCCAAGCUUGGCUGGAUGAGAUUAAAAAGGCAUUUGAUGUAGUGCCUUGUACUGACGAACAAAAAGUGGCAUUUUCUGCCCAUCUACUAAAAGGUGGGGCAAAGUAUUGGUGGAGGAGUGCAAAGACUUAUCUUCAGACUCAAGGAACCCAUAUGAAUUGGGAACAAUUUGAGGUGGCCUUUUUAGAUAAAUUUUCUCCACAUGCCCAAUAUGCACCCACAAAAGAAUGGAAGAUAAACCAGUUUGAAUGGGGAUUGAGGCCUGAAAUCAGAGGAAACAUAGGCCAUAUGGAACUUACUAACUAUUCUACUCUUGUACACAAGAGCUACAUUGUUGAAGACAAUUUAAAUAAGGUACAAGAAGAGAGACAGGUUAAGUGGCAACAAAAGAAAGAGUCCAGAAAAUUUGGCCAGCAAUUGAAAGUAAAGACUCCCCAAGGGAAGGGAAAACAAGUACAAACCUCCAGUUCCCCAAGAGAAAAGAAGUGUAUUAAGUGUGGCAGAGAUCAUGGGGGAGAGUGCUUGGUUGGAAAGGAAGUCUACUACUACUACAAAUAG